AAAAAUGAAGCAACAAAUCUAUAGCUUUCAUCUACAUUUCGCCCCAGAAAUUAAAGUAAAGCAGAGACAAUGAGAGGAACAUUGAUGUUGAGUUGGGCUCUGAUCAUCUGCCUCUCCCUAGUAGCAGUGCAGAGCCAAUACUACUCGGAGACCCUACCAUAUCGUCCCAGGCCAGUUAAGGUCACCAAUCUUCACUUCUUUAUGCACGAAUUUACGGGUAUUACAGCAGUCCAGGUAGCCCAAGUUAACAUCACAAGCAGCGACAAUAAUUCAUCAGUGCCAUUUGCCUCCCUAGUUGCCGUUAAUGAUCCCCUCAGGACUGGUCCUGAGCCUGACUCGGAGCUGAUUGGAAAUGUUCAGGGUAUUGCGCUCCUGGCUGGAACAAAUGCAUCAAGCACGCAAUACAUAGAUUUUGGAUUCAAUACCGGUAAGUUUAACGGCAGCUCUCUAAGCGUAUUUUCAAGGGGAGAACCUGGGCUUGCGGUGGUCGGAGGAAGAGGACGAUUCAUGAUGGCAACAGGGGUUGCACUAUUUAACCCUAUCCUUAUAAAUGCCACCAAUGUCAUCAUUGAAUUUAACGUUACUGUAAUUCAUUACUAAGAUGUUAUCUACAGAUUGUGAAAAAGUCAUAUCAUUCUGUCACGCUUGAUUAGAAUAAAUGUAUGAGAUAUAUAUCUUCAUCUGAUUAAAAGUUUAAAUUCUCAUACUUGAUCAUUGUAUUUUAUCAUUAUAUUACAAAUAAAGAUUAAAUUCUUAGCUACAAAAA